UUCAUAGGUACAAGAGUCAUGUCUCCUUGCUAACCAUGGUGUUUUCUCCCCUUUCUCUCUUGGUCUCUGAAGCCAGCACAAGCCCGACGUCGGGACUGGGCACUGCCGCCAUCGUGGGCAUCCUCAUUGUCAUCUUUGUCCUUCUGCUGGUGGCUGUGGAUGUCACCUGCUACUUCUUGAACAAGUGCGGCCUCUUGAUGUGCAUUGCCAUCAACCUGUGUGGGAAAUCCGGUCCUGGUGUGAAGGGAAAAGACAUGGAAGAGGGCAAGGCAGCCUUCUCGAAAGAUGAAUCAAAAGAGCCCAUUGUGGAGGUGCGAACAGAGGAAGAGCGGACCCCGAACCAUGAUGGAGGCAAACACACGGAACCCAAUGAAACCACACCGCUAACAGAGCCAGAGCACCCAGCCGAUGCCACAGCAGCCACCGAAGACAUGAUGCCCUCCGUCACCACUGUCACCACAAACUCUGACACGAUCACUGAGACCUUUGCCACUGCUCAGAAUAGCCCCACCAGUGAGACCACCACCCUCACCUCCAGCAUCACCCUGCCAGCUACGCCCAUGCCAGACUCCAAUUCCGUGGCCCCCGGCCAGGGCACACCCUCAAAAGCGGCUGUGGCAUCCUCUUCGCCCCCAUCCUCAUCCACCCCUGCCCCCAAAGUGGCUCCCCUGGUUGACCUCAGUGACACCCCUACUUCUACUCCCUCCUCCGGCAACUUGUCAUCCGGCGUCCUUUCCAACCAAGGGGGGGUUCUGAGUCCCAGCUCCUCUGCCAAAACCUCAGAGGCCCCCAAGGGCUCCGUUGCAGCCAGCAAAUCCCCCGCCCCGCCUCCCCCACAUCCAGCUAGCUCUCCGGCUUCCUCGGAGCCCAAGCAAGAGGCUUUGGCCUCCAAAAGUCCCGAAAAGGAUGCCACACAGACCAACGCAGUGAAGAGUCCGACAGAGGCGGCUAAGAACGGUGCCAACCAGAAGGGGGAAUCUGCCACUGUGAACCCCACUCAUAACGAGGACUUUAAAAUGGACGAAGGGAGCUUCAAGACGCCAGACAUUGACCUUGCCAAGGAUGUUUUUGCUGCGUUGGGCACAGCGGCCCCUGCCACGGCUCCCGGAGGCCAGGCUACAUCUUCUGCUCCGGAGACGUCCACAUCGCCAGCACCUGCAAAGACAGAGUAUGCCUCCCCCCUUUAAACUCCUCUUGUUGAC